UUAGAUUCUGGAAAGCACUAGGAGGAGUAAAGGCAAUGAAAAACUCCUUUUGGGUCUUAUGUCUGAUGUGUCAUACCAGUAGAAAAACCUGCUUGCUCAGGAUAUCCAUAUCCAGGAAUUCGUCCUCCUUUUGAUGUUUCUUUUGAUUCUUUCUUGUCUUCUUCACCAAUUUCUUCUCCUUCCUUUUUACUCCUGGCUUAAUGUACACAAGAAAAGGAAACAACUGCCACUAAUCCAGAUUGGGGGAACCUUGUGUCACGCUUACAGCAGCUGGCACUGUUUUUGCUAUAUCAGGAGGACUUUUCAUGUUUUUUUUUUAUUUUUUUUUGGUCACCAUGCUGACUGAAUCACUUCUCUUCUUGAUGAUGGAAUAAAAAAAUAAUCAAACAAAAAGGAAGCUGAAAUACGAGAUAAAAGAUGAGUGAGGAAGCAAAGGAUAAAGGCAACAGUAAACCUGCACACCGGAAAAAAAAAGGCAAAAAGUCUGACAGCAAUGCAAGUUACCUGAGAGCUGCCCGGGCUGGAAACCUGGAAAAGGCCUUAGAUUAUAUAAAGAAUGGGGUUGAUAUCAAUAUCUGCAACCAGAAUGGUCUAAAUGCACUCCACCUUGCUUCCAAAGAAGGCCAUGUCGAAAUAGUUGCAGAGCUGAUAAAACUGGAAGCCAACGUUGAUGCUGCCACAAAGAAAGGAAACACAGCUUUACACAUAGCCUCCCUGGCAGGCCAAGCUGAAGUGGUAAAGGUUCUAGUCAGAAAUGCCGCAAAUGUGAAUGCACAGUCCCAGAAUGGCUUUACACCUCUAUACAUGGCAGCACAGGAAAACCAUCUUGAAGUUGUAAAGUUUCUCCUGGAUAAUGGUGCCAGCCAAAGUAUUGCAACAGAGGAUGGUUUCACACCACUGGCAGUUGCCCUGCAACAGGGACAUGACCAAGUUGUCUCUCUUCUGCUAGAAAACGACACGAAAGGCAAAGUCCGGCUUCCUGCCCUUCACAUUGCAGCUCGCAAAGAUGACACCAAGGCUGCGGCCCUGUUGCUGCAGAAUGAUCACAAUGCAGAUGUGGAGUCUAAGAUGAUGGUGAAUAGAACGACGGAGAGUGGUUUCACUCCUCUUCAUAUUGCUGCCCAUUAUGGGAACAUCAAUGUAGCAACGUUGUUGCUGAACCGAGGUGCUGCUGUGGACUUCACAGCAAGGAACGACAUUACGCCAUUGCACGUAGCAUCAAAAAGAGGAAAUGGUAACAUGGUCAAAUUGCUGCUGGAGAAAGGUGCUAAAAUUGACGCUAAAACAAAGGAUGGUUUGACCCCUUUACACUGUGGAGCACGAAGUGGCCAUGAACAGGUUGUGGAGAUGCUGCUUGACCGAGGAGCCCCUAUUCUAUCAAAAACAAAGAAUGGUCUAUCCCCACUGCACAUGGCCACUCAAGGAGAUCACCUCAACUGUGUCCAGUUCUUACUGCAGCAUAACGUGCCUGUUGAUGAUGUCACAAAUGACUACCUGACAGCUCUCCAUGUUGCUGCACACUGUGGCCACUACAAAGUCGCCAAGGUGCUCUUGGACAAAAAGGCCAAUCCUAAUGCCAAAGCUCUGAAUGGUUUUACACCACUUCAUAUUGCUUGCAAGAAGAACCGCACUAAAGUAAUGGAACUUUUGCUGAAGCACGGGGCAUCAAUUCAGGCUGUAACAGAGUCAGGGUUAACACCAAUUCAUGUUGCUGCUUUUAUGGGACAUGAAAAUAUUGUGGCUCAGUUAAUCCACCACGGAGCAUCUCCAAAUACAGCAAAUGUGAGAGGAGAAACAGCACUGCACAUGGCCGCUAGAGCUGGACAAGCUGGAGUUGUUAAAUAUCUGGUUCAAAAUGGAGCACAAGUGGAAGCAAAAGCCAAGGAUGACCAGACUCCCCUCCAUAUCGCAUCACGACUGGGAAAACCUGAUAUUGUUCAGCAGCUUUUACAACAUGGGGCCUCUCCAGAUGCUUGCACAACUUCUGGGUAUACCCCGCUGCACCUGGCUGCCAGGGAGGGGAAUGAAGAUGUGGCUUCAGUUCUGCUAGACCAUGGGGCAUCCCUUGCCAUUACAACCAAGAAAGGAUUUACUCCUUUACAUGUAGCGGCAAAAUAUGGGAAAAUUGAAGUUGCCAAUCUUCUGCUACAAAAGCAAGCUUCUCCUGAUGCUGCGGGAAAGAGUGGUUUAACUCCACUGCAUGUAGCUGCACACUACGAUAACCAGAAAGUUGCACUUCUCCUCCUGGACCAGGGAGCUUCCCCACAUGCAGCGGCCAAGAAUGGCUACACUCCAUUACAUAUUGCUGCCAAAAAGAAUCAAAUGGACAUUGCCACAACCCUCCUGGAAUAUGGUGCAAGUACAAAUGCUGUCACCCGACAAGGCAUUAGUGCUGUCCAUCUUGCAGCCCAGGAGGGAAAUGUAGACAUGGUAUCUUUGCUGCUGUCCCGAAAUGCCAAUGUCAAUGUUGCCAACAAGAGUGGCUUGACACCUCUCCAUUUAGCUGCUCAAGAAGACAGAGUAAAUGUUGCAGAGGUACUGGUGAAUCAUGGCGCAAUGGUAGACCCCCAAACAAAAAUGGCAUACACUCCUCUUCAUGUUGCUUGCCACUAUGGAAAUGUGAAGAUGGUAAACUUCCUUUUACAGCAUCACUCCAAAGUCAAUGCCAAAACAAAGAAUGGCUACACGCCCCUCCAUCAGGCAGCACAACAAGGGCACACCCAUAUUAUUAAUACCCUUCUGCAGCAUGGCGCUUCCCCUAAUGAGCUGACUGUGAAUGGCAACACAGCAUUGUCCAUUGCAAGAAGACUGGGUUAUAUUUCUGUAGUGGACACACUUAAAGUAGUUACAGAGGAGACACUUAUCACAACGACUGUGACAGAAAAGCAUAAAAUGAAUGUACCUGAGACAAUGAAUGAAGUUCUUGAUAUGUCUGAUGAUGAAGCUGUUAAAGUCAAUGUCCCUGAAAUUGUCAAUGAAGCUGACUAUAUUUCAGAUGUUGAAGAAGGUGAAGAUGCAAUGACAGGCGACACUGACAAAUAUCUGGGACCACAGGAUUUGAGAGAACUUGGAGAUGACUCACUUCCACAUGAUGGCUAUAUGGGAUUUAGCAUAGGAGCUCGAUCUGCCAGCCUGCGCUCCUUCAGUUCGGAUAGGUCCAACACACUGAACCGAAGCUCCUUUGCAAGAGACAGCUUUAUGAUUGAGGAGAUCCUAGCACCGUCAAAGGACACGGUCCAGAGUGUGUGUAAAGAUGUUUCCUUCAUUACUGAUUCUCAGAAUAAGCAUCUAGCCGUAACAAGGGAGUGUGAUUCAGACUCUCUCCGACGAUGCAGCUGGAUUACAGACCAUCUGGACAAUGUAAACCUUGUUUCAAGUCCAAUUCAUUCUGGCUUUGCCUCUCCUCUUCCCCAGUAUGACUCAAGGUUCCUGGUCAGUUUCAUGGUUGAUGCCCGGGGAGGUUCCAUGAGAGGCAGCCGACAUAAUGGCAUGAGGAUCAUCAUCCCUCCAAGGAAAUGUACUGCCCCCACCCGUAUUACUUGCAGACUUGUGAAGAGGCACAAGCUUGCCAGUCCACCACCAAUGGUAGAAGGAGAAGGACUUGCAAGUCGGCUUGUGGAAGUAGGUCCGGCUGGGGCCCAGUUUUUGGGCCCCGUGAUAGUGGAAAUACCCCAUUUUGGAUCAAUGAGAGGCAAAGAGAGAGAACUGAUCAUUUUGAGAAGUGAAAAUGGAGAGACUUGGAAGGAACACCAAUAUGACAGUAAAUCAUCUGAGGAACUAAAUGAAAUAUUGAAUGGAAUGGAUGAAGAGCUUGACAGUCCAGAAGAAAUGGAGAAGAAACGCAUAUGCAGAAUCGUAACAAAGGAUUUUCCUCAGUACUUUGCUGUGGUGUCACGCAUUAAACAAGAAAGCAAUCAGAUGGGUCCAGAAGGAGGAGUCCUCUCUAGUAUGACUGUGCCUCUGGUACAAGCCUCAUUCCCAGAGGGGGCUUUAACAAAAAGGAUUAGAGUUGGUCUUCAGGCCCAGCCAGUACCAGAUGAAAUCGUGAAAAAAAUACUAGGAAAUAAAGCCACAUUUAGCCCAAUUGUGACUGUGGAGCCACGGAGAAGGAAGUUUCAUAAGCCUAUUACAAUGACGAUUCCUGUGCCGCCCCCAUCUGGAGAAGGUGUAACAAAUGGGUAUAAAGGAGAUACCACACCGAGUCUCAGGCUUCUUUGCAGUAUCACAGGUGGUACAUCACCAGCACAAUGGGAAGACAUUACUGGAACUACACCACUGACAUUCGUGACUGAAUGUGUUUCGUUUACAACAAAUGUUUCAGCAAGAUUUUGGCUUGCAGACUGCCAUCAAAUUCCAGAAACAGUGGGGCUAGCAACGCAGCUUUAUCGGGAGCUUAUUUGUGUUCCUUAUAUGGCCAAGUUUGUUGUAUUUGCCAAAAUGAAUGACCCAGUCGAAGCUCAGCUGCGUUGUUUCUGUAUGACUGAUGACAAAGUGGACAAGACACUGGAACAGCAAGAAAAUUUUGAAGAAGUCGCUAGAAGCAAAGAUAUAGAGGUUCUAGAAGGAAAGACUAUCUUCGUGGAUUGCUAUGGGAAUCUGACUCCUUUAACCAAGGCAGGACAACAGCUGGUUUUUAACUUUUAUGCUUUCAAGGAAAACAGGCUUCCCUUCUGUGUAAAGGUCAGAGACAAUGGCCAAGAACCAUGUGGAAGACUCUCUUUCCUAAAAGAGGCUAAAACCUCAAAAGGACUGCCACAAACAGCAGUCUGCAACUUAAAUAUUACACUGCCAGCUCACAAAAAGGAAUUCGAGUCAGAUCAAGAUGAAGAGACGGAAAAGCCUGAAAGGCGCCAUACCUUUGCAUCAUUAGCUUUACGUAAGCGCUACAGCUAUCUGUCUGAGCCUGGAAUGAAAACAGUUGAAAGAAGUGCAGGAACAACAAGAACACUGCCUGCUGCUUACGCUUACAAACCUGUCUUUUCAACAAGAUCUUACCAGGCAUGGUCAACGGCUCCAAUUACAGUACCUGGACAAGCAAAGUCUGGAUUUACUUCAUUGUCCAGUUCCUCAUCCAACACUCCAUCUGCUUCGCCACUAAAAUCUGUCUGGUCUAUUUCUUCAGCUUCUCCAAUCAAGUCCACCUUAGGAGCUUCAACAACAUCUUCAAUUAAAUCUGUUAGUGAUGUAGCUUCUCCAAUAAGGUCCUUUAGGUCAAUUUCGUCUCCCAUAAAGACUGUAGUGCAGCAAACCCAGUACCCAGUUCAGGUCUCCACAUCUUUAAUAUCUUCACCAGGCAAAACAUCAGUAGUGCCAGAAACCACAUGUGUAAAAGGACUUCCCUCUUCUCUCUCUUCAAGGACAUCCCCUGUCACUACUGCAGGAUCUUUAUUGGAAAGGUCCUCUAUUACUAUGACACCUCCAGCAUCCCCAAAGUCCACUGUUAAUAUGUACACAUCAACCUUACCUUUCAAAACAGUUAUGCCAUCUUCAACACCUGUCACAUCUUCCCCUAUUAAAUCAAUUCUGGGUCAAACUUCUGUAAAAUGUACAGCUGAUAUUUCUGCUGCAUCUAAAGGAUCACAAAUUGCUUCACCAGUUAAAUCUUCAGUAGUAUCUACAGAAACAGUUUUACUGAAUGGCUCUCUUUCACCAAUUAAAUAUCCCUCAUCACCAGCCUGCUUAUUAAAUGCUGGGCCUGCGUUGCAAGAAAAAAUACACAACACAACACAUACAACAGUAACAACAUAUGCCAGCCAAGCAAAUGAUGAAACAGAUAAAUCACUUACACCUGGUGUUGCAGCCUCUUAUGCUUCCCUGAAACCUAUGUCUUCUUCAGCGCCUUUAGCUUUCCAGACAAUUCGAACUCCUGCUACAAAUUCCAUAUACGCUUCCUUGCGUUCUAUUUCUUCCGCAACAACGUCUGCUACAUCUUCAACAAUUACUGUACCAGUAUAUUCUGUUGUAAAUGUCUUGUCAGAACCACAGCUCAAAAAACUUCCAGAGACAUCAGUCACAAAAUCAGCAGCAGCUCUUUUGUCUCCCAUAAAAACAAUUUCUCCCGAAGCACGAACACAAGUUCAGUCUUCCUUCUCCAGGACUUUGUCCCCAGUAAAAACCUCUCUAUUUAUUCCCCCUGCAGCUCUUAGAUCUACCACUUCAUCGUCUUUGUCUUCAAGUCAAGAAAUAUUAAAAGAUGUUGCUGAAAUGAAAGAGGACCUAAUGAGAAUGACUGCUAUCUUACAGACAGAUUCCUCUGCGACAAGUAAAAAUUUCCAAACAGAUGUUUCAAAGGAGCAUAAAAUUGAAGACGAAGAGCCAUUUAAAAUAGUUGAAAAGGUGAAAGAGGACUUAGUUAAAGUCAGUGAGAUCCUAAAGAAGGACACUUUUAUUGAUGGCAAAAACUCCCAUAAGGAACCAUCUCCAGAUGAUGAAUGGGUCGAGUUUUCCAAAGAUGAAAUCGAAGAAGCUCAACUGAAUGCCAAAAAAUGUCUUCCAAGUUAUGAGACAGAAACUGUUCACAUAAAAGCAAAAGCUGUUUCUGACAAAGAUUUUAAUUUAGCAAAGGUAGUUGACUACCUAACAAAUGACAUUAGUGCAACCUCUCUUUCAAAAAUUUCUGACAUUAAAAGUAGAUAUGAUGAAGUAAAGAAAGAAGGGGAAGAAAAACAGAAGCGAAUUCUCAAGCCUGCUAUUGCAUUGCAAGAGCAUAAACUAAAAAUGCCACCCUCAAAUAUGCGGUCCUCAGCCUCUGAGAAAGAGUUGUGCAAACUUGCAGAUUCUGUGUUUGGGAGUGAUGCUAUAUUAGAAUCUCCAGAUGACUUUUCACAACAUGAUCCUGAUAAAAGUCCUCUUUCAGACAGUGGCUUUGAAACCAGAAGUGAAAAGACUCCAUCAGCACCACAGAGUGCUGAGAGCACUGGUCCAAAACCAUUGUUUCAUGAAGUGCCACCUGUUAUUACAGAAACAAGAACUGAGGUUGUGCAUGUAAUUAGAAGCUAUGAGCCUUCUUCAGAUGAAACUCCAGAACUUAACACAGAAGAAAUAGUAGCAUCCAAAAUGCCUACAGAGUCUGAAUUAAAGCAAAGUGGGUCUAUCAAAGACAAAGUUAAAGCUUUUCAGAUGAAAGUAAAUUCAGAAGAAGAAGAGCAUAAAUGUGUGGUUAGCAAAAGUAUGUGUGUUAAGGAAGAAACACAUAUUACAACUACAACAAGAAUGGUUUACCAUAAACCUCCAUCUAAAGAAAAUACUUCUGAAAGACUUGAAGAGACAAUGUCAGUACGUGACAUAAUGAAGGCAUUUCAGUCAGGGAGAGACCCCUCAAAAGAGUUAGCUGGACUUUUUGAGCAUAAGACAGUUCCUGACUCUAUCAAAGGUGAUGAACUUUCUCUAAGACACAAUGAGAAAGAAAUGAAGACAAAACCUAAAGUAGAAAGAAUAAUUGAAGUUCACAUUGAAAAAGGUCCUAAAGCUGAACCAACUGAAGUCAUCAUUCGAGAAACUAAAAAGCACCCAGAAAAAGAAAUGUUUUUAUACCAGAAAGAACGCAUGCAGGGGGAUGAUGGCUUAAAAGAAUUAACUGAUAAAAAUUAUGUGGACGAUGAAGUACAACAAGAGGAAGAAGAGCUUACAGCAGAAGAAUCCCUUCCUUCUUAUCUGGAGUCUUCCAGGGUAAACACUCCUGUUUCUCAAGAAGAAGACAGUCGCCCUAGUUCUGCACAGCUCUUAUCAGAUGACUCUUAUAAAACAUUAAAGCUGUUAAGUCAACAUUCAGUAGAAUAUCAUGAUGAUGAAUUAUCAGAGCUAAGAGGAGAAUCCUAUAGAUUUGCUGAAAAAAUGUUGCUCUCUGAAAAGCUAGAUAUAUCUCAUUCUGACACAGAUGAAUCAUUGGCUGAUCAGCCUGUUUUCAUGGGAUCAGAGACUGAGAGACUUUACAGUGAAAGAAAAGCAACUCCUAAGAGAGAAUUUAUUUUAAAAACAUCCAAAGAUACUUCAGCAAAUACUGGUGGCAAAAUAUCUAACAAAGAUGAUCAGUUUGAUAAAUUGACAGUACUACAUUAUACUACAGAACCUGGGAGCCCAAAGCAUGCAGUAUGGAUGAGAUUUACUGAAGACAGGCUGGACAGAGGUAGAGAAAAGCUUAUGUAUGAAGAUAGAGUAGAUCGGACAGUAAAAGAAGCUGAAGAAAAGCUAAACGAGGUGUCCCAGUUUUUUCGUGAUAAAACUGAAAAGCUGAAUGAUGAGCUUCAGUCUCCAGAGAAGAAACCAAAGAAAAGGGAAGGAAGAGAAACAAGAUCUGGCCCCAGCUCUACAAGCAGUAGCCCUGAAAAGAUGCAUUUUAACAGUGGUGCAGCCCAUGAUGAAUGGGGUAAGACCAAGCUAAAAGAUCAAUCGGUUGGCAAACUUUUUGGUAACUCAGAUGAAAGGCGGUGUUCAAGCUUGCCCAACAGUCCUGAACGGCGAGCAUUUUCAAAGUUUGCAGAGGAAAAAAUAAAUUACGGAGAUGGUAUUUUCCAAAGCAAGACAGGUGAGACCUCUCAACCUUUUCAGCUAAAGCAAACAAAAGUGAGUGCCGUAAGACUAAAAUUUGAAACAAAUCAGGCCCAACAGGCACAGCAGCAAGAAAAGGGUCCACAAUGGAGUCAGUCAAAAUCUCCUGUGAAAAAACUGCAGGAAAGUAAACUUCCAGUGUAUCAGUUUUACACAAGAGACAAAAGUGUGAAAGCAAUGGAUACUGCUGAUGAAACAGCUGCACUUGGUAAAGGGAUGGAGAGUGGAAAAGCCAAGGUGGUCCCUGUCCAGGGUAGCGAUGCUUUGAAGUCAGAAUGUUCACUAGUUGACCAGAAACAGAGAACUGAAAAAAACAUACAAAAAACUGUCAAUGAAGUUACUGCGGAAAAACAGUUAAGAUGUCAUAAAAACAAUAAUGUCGAUUCACAAGCUAAAGCAGACAGAGAAAAAAAGGCUUAUCAGACUUGGGAAAAUCAAGUAAACCAUAAAACUCCAAGGGAACUAUUUUCUCAUACUUUUGUGCAAGAUUCUUUAAAAGACAACAGAAGUGAUUAUACUAAUGGUCAGCCUUUAUCAGUCUCAGAAAAAGAACAACAGCUUUCAAAAAACGAGUUCCAAAAUAAGGAGACUGUAGUCACUUCUCCAUCAAAAAGAAUAACCUUUGCUGAAUAUACGGCUCCUGAAGAUGGUGAUAAUGGUGGUGGUGGCUGUGAUGAAAUUAAAAGUCGGACUCUAAAAAAAAAGACAGAUUCUGGUUCCUCCCAGAUUCCAGUUAAGGCCUCAUCUAAUCUUAAAGGCAUUACUAAUGACCAGAUAAAAAAACCAAAUUGGGUACCAUUGUCCAAAUCAACAGAAAGAACUGGUUCACAAAUACCAACAUUAGCUAAAGGCAAGGCUCAGAUAAGCAAUGAAAUAAGUCCAUCUAGGGAUGAACUGGAGUCUUCAGCCAGCAGAUCUCCAGAUUCUCUGGAGGUCAGUCCAACAAAAGAAUCUUUGGCCAGAGAGUUACAUGAUCCAAGCCCCUUGGAGCAUAUAGACAAAGCAGCUCCUUUAGUCAGUCCAGAAAACUAUAAGGAGAUUAAGACUUUGCCAGUUUAUGUUAGUAUUGUUCAAGUAGGAAAACAGUAUGAAAAAGAAACUACUAGUGGUCAGCAGGGAACUUACAGAAAAAUUGUUAGCCAGGAAAGUAGAACGGUGCAAGAGACCAGAGGAGCCUUUUAUACAGUUAAAAAACAGCCUCCAUCCCCCCAGGGUAGUCCAGAAGAUGACACUCUGGAGCAAGUAUCUUUUAUUGAUAGUUCUGGAAAAAGCCCACUGACUCCCGAAACACCUAGUUCUGAGGAGGUGAGUUAUGAUCUCACUUCCAGGACUCCGGAUUCCCUAAUAGGUUUCAUACCAGGUAAACCUAGCCCUAUUCCUGAGGUUUCUGAGGAGUCUGAAGAGGAGGAACCAUGUAAGGCAUUUUCUUUUAAGGACUCACUGCCUGAUAGGGCCAAACACACUGUAUCAGAAAGUGCAAAGGGAAAUAAAGAGUGUGGGAAAGGAAUAAAAGAUAAACGUGUUGCUUAUAUUGAAUUUCCUCCACCCCCUCCAUUAGACUCAGAACAUUCAGAUGCAGACAGAAAAGAGCAUCAACAAACUUCUGACACAGAAGUUGAAAUGAUGGAGGUUAAUCUACAAGAAGAACAUGACAAACACCUUUUAGCUGAGCCAAUUAUUAGAGUUCAGCCACCAUCACCUCUGCCCCCUGGGGCAGAUGACAGUGACUCAAGUGAUGAUGAAUCUGUUUUUCAGCCUAUUCCAUUUAAAAAGUAUACCUUUAAACUCAAAGAGGAUGAUGAAGAUCAAAAAUCCCCAUCCAAGACUAAGAAGACAGAAAGGAAUGGAAACCAUAAGGAAUCAACUCCCAAUGGGUCUGGCAAAGGGGAUGAUUUUGAUCUUGAACAAAAUGGUAAUGAUCAGUCAAUAACGGAGUGUUCCAUUGCAACUACAGCAGAGUUUUCCCAUGAUACUGAUGCAACAGAAAUUGAUUCUCUGGAUGGUUACGAUUUACAAGAUGAAGAUGAUGGCUUAAGUGAACAUGACCCAAAACUUACUAAUCUUAUACCAGAAAAUAAAAAAGAUUUGUGGACCACAGAAGGAAUGCUGAAACCAAGUGAUCGCUCAUUUAGUCAAAGUAAGCUUGAAGUCAUUGAGGAAGAAGGGAAAAUAGCAAAUGACAAAAAAUCACAAUCAAAAGGACAUGUGUCUGAGAAAAAAUCCGAAGAAGAAAAAACAACAAAUGGACAAAAAUAUAGUUUGGAAGGAAGGCAUCCUGAGAGACAUGGAUUUGCAGACACUUACUUUAGCUAUAAAUUAGAUGAAGAGUUUGCAACACCUUUUAAAACUGUUGCUACAAAAAGUCUGGAUUUUGAUCCAUGGUCCAGCAAAGGAGGGGAUGAUGAAGUGUUUGAAGCUAGGAUAAAGGACGAUGAGCCUAAGCCAUUUGGUUUAGCUGUAGAGGACAGGUCGCAGGCGACAACACCAGACACAACCCCUGCCAGAACUCCAACUGAUGAAAGCACUCCAACUAGUGAGCCUAAUCCCUUCCCGUUUCAUGAAGGGAAGAUGUUUGAGAUGACUCGCAGUGGUGCAAUUGACAUGAGCAAGAGGGAUUUUGUUGAAGAAAGACUUCAGUUUUUUCAGAUUGGUGAGCAUACUUCUGAAGGGAAGUCAGGGGACAAAGGGGAAGGGGUUAAAAAAGCAGAUUUAACUGCUUUGCAACCAAAAUCAGGAGAGGCAAGAAUAGAAAUAAAGAUAGAAGCCCCCAUAGACAUAAAAGCACCCGAAGGUGAACUUGUCAAGAUUAGCUCUGACUCUGUGGAACCAGCAUCUGGAGAGAGUGUAGCAGAAAAGUCCUCAUGUAUGGUCACCUCCUCUAAAAUUGAUUCUAAAUUACGUACCCCUAUUAAAAUGGGGAUUGCUGCUUCUAUGACAGUUAAGAAAGAUGCUGGCUCAUCUGAGGUGUCCGAGACUCAUACAUCUGGGUUUGAAGUAUCAGAGGUUACAGACCUAGAGGUGUCACGUCAGAGAGAUUCAGAAAUGUUAGAUUUUCCAAAAGAUAAUUUUAAUAAUAAUAAUAACCUUGAAACAUUAAAUGCCCAAGUAAACAAUGAAAGCAAUACUACUGUAGUAAAUUUACAAUCAAAAAAUGAUCAUUCGGUGCAGAGAGUUAGCCUUGUUAGUACCUCACUAACAGGUUAUGAAAAGGAAAGUACAAACCAGACUGGGCAUAAUAAAGAUAAAAGUAAAUCAUCAGAAAUUCAGACUAGAUGUUCAAAGUCAAGGCUUCCAAUCAAGGCCCCAAGCCCAGUGUCUCGGCCACAAAAUACAGGUCAAAAAAUAGCAAAGCAUCGAACGAGGCAACCGGCUAAUUUUGAUUCCAAAAAAAGACCAGAUGCUAAUAUACCUCUGGAUCCCAGGUCAAAAAUCCCAAUCAAAGAUGUCACCAAGUGUAAUAUAACCCCUCCUAUUAAAGUUCACAUUACAUCCAAGUCAGAAAAAAUAGAAAAAGAGAAAACCAGACAGUUACCAUCCAGACUUCCUGUUAAGGCAAAAUCUAGUUACAGUGCCACCACAGUAAUUAAGACAAGCAAAGAACAGCUGAGUGAGGUAUGUAAACGUUCUAUUGAGUAUUUUAAGGGCAUUAGUGGGGAGACACUAAAGCUUGUGGACCGCCUUUCUGAUGAAGAGAAAAAGAUGCAGUCAGAAAUGUCUGAUGAUGAAGACAGCACAUCAAGAAACACAUCACUGUCAGAAGCUUCUCAAGUUUGCCAACCAUCCAUAACAUCGAGGUCUGCUAGAGACUUGAAAACUGAGUCCACGCCUAUAAAAUCAAAAUAUGAAAAGGCCGACAGUGAGAGGAGAAGGAGUAGGAGGACUGGUGGAAAUGAAGGCAGUCAGGUUUCUGGGCCUCACGUGGCUCACAUCGUGGAGAUCAAGCCUAGUCCACAGAGUCCGUGUGAAAGAACUGAUUUAAGAAUGGCAAUAGUAGCAGAUCAUUUAGGCCUGAGCUGGACUGAACUAGCUAGAGAAAUGAAUUUUUCCGUGGAUGAAAUAAACCACAUUCGAGUAGAGAACCCCAAUUCCCUCACUGCACAGAGCUUUAUGUUGUUAAAGAAAUGGGUCAACAGAGAUGGAAAAGAUGCAACAACUGAUGCCUUAACAACCGUGCUGACAAAGAUCAAUCGGAUGGAUAUUGUGACCUUGCUGGAAGGACCAAUAUUUGAUUAUGGUAACAUUUCAGGCACAAGAAGUUUUGCAGACGAUAGUCCUGUUUUCCUCGAACAGGCUGAUGGUUAUUCCUCUAUCCAAAAGGAACUUCAGACUCCCUCAGGGUUGUAUUAUGAACCUCCUACCCCUCUCCGACAAGAGGAUUUUUUUAGUGAUAUUUCUAGUGUAGACUCUCCCAUUAGAUCUCCCAGUAGACCAAGCAAUCUCAUAUUAUCUCCACAAUCCCAAACAUUCUCCACUACUAAAGAUCCACCUAUGGUCACUGCUGAAGACACUUCACCGGAUGACCUGAAAAACAGAACUUUACUAGAGUCUGAUCAACCUUUUGCUGACUGCCAGACUCUUGAAAAGGAGGAUGCAAACUUGCUAAAUAUGCAAGUACAUGGAAGGCUGACUGAAGAAGAGAAGAACAUGUCAAGAUAUGUGCCAUUAGAAGAGCUUCAGUCAAUACAGUUACACAAAAAAGAAGCGGGCAGUAAUUCUGGUUCUAAUGAGGAAGAGGCAGAGAUAGCAAAGAUCACUGAAGAAAGAAUUAAAGCUCUUCUAAAGGACAUUAGGCUGGAGGAAGGUGGAGAGAGCGAGGAAAUGACAGAGGAAAAAGUACAGGAAAUUUUACAACAAGUACUGCAAGCAGAAAAAGAAAUGUCUUCAAUUCCAGGUUGGCACAAUGAGACUUCAAGCGCUAAUGUGGAGCCACCCAUUCCUGGUAACGGUUUAAGCAUAGACUUGUUGGAACAGCAGGAAAACAGCCAAGAUCAGUCCAGUGAUUCUAUUACGUCAUCCUCAAAAUCAUGCAGAGGAAAGCUAAAACAGAAUGGUGAGCAUACAGACCGCACUUCUCAAUCAAUGACAAUACCUAUACACCAGGAGUCAAGCAAUGGAGUAAAAAAUAAUUCCUACAAAGAUGCAAUGAAGCAAAAGGUGCAGAAAAGUUCUGUCCGUAUUGAGGAGCACUUGGAGGAUGGAAACAGACUUACUUUGGAGGAAUCAAUGGCACCAUCAUUUGGCAAAAAAAUAAGCCGAGAUUCACCCGAACUAGGAAAACCAGGACCAAGUUUAAAGGAAGAAGACACUAUUAUAUCAGAGCACAAAGUGCAGGAAAAUAAAGAUAGUGAAUCCAGCUCUGAUGAAGAACGGACAGUCACCACUAGGGUCAUUCGACGGCGGGUGAUUUUAAAGGGAGAACAAGCGAGAAACAUACCUGGUGAAUCAGUGACAGAGGAACAGUUCACAGAUGAAGAUGGUAACAUCAUAACUCGAAAAGUCAUCAGGAAAGUUAUCAGACGUGUGGUUGCUUCAGAUGACAGGGAACGUGAAAAAGGAAAAAAGGACAGGCAGUACAAACAGGCGUUACACUUAGAGGAGGAAGACUGUGCUAAAUACUUAGAAACGCAAACAGCAGAGCCAGAGAGUGAUGGAUACAAGAUUAAAGUAAAGAAGGAGGUCAGACAUGUGGAGAAGAAGAUGCACUCCUAAUAGUAAUGAUGCUGUCUAAAGGUCCUCCUCCUGAUUGGUAUCCUGGAUGGUGAAUACUGGAAACCCCACCUGAUGUUCGAUAAAAUCAACAAAUGAAGUGUGCCUGCUGCUUCAACACUUUAAAGCAUGGUUUUUUUUACGCAAGAGGACUUUUUUGAUUUAGCAUGAGCAUGAAAACACACUUACUGUCAACGACCUGGAGAGUGACAUUUGAUAACUUGAUGUGCCGUGGUAUUAACAGACUUUUUAUCAGUUGAAUGGUGUCAUCAAAAAUGCUUAAAGAAAAAUACAAUAACUAACUGUGACCAAAGAUGGCACAAAUGAAAAUGUAAGGGUGAACACAGAGGGACACUUUUGAAUCACCUACUACACUCGCCUUAUAUUUUUCUUGGACCCUUAAAGCCAGGGUGUAAAAUGAUGGUUGCUUCUUUUUAACAAAACUGUCAGUGAUUUUGCUGUAUAUAAAUUACACUGUAUAAAUUCUGAAAUAAGUAACUUGCUUAUUGUGAAGGUUCUGGCAAAUGGGAAGUUUGGGAAUUUAAUUGGAAUGUUGGAGCGCUUUCACUUUUGCAAGAGAAGUACUGGGUGUAAACUUCACAGAUUCCUGUACAAUUAUUAGCAGGUUUGAACAUUUGUAAAUGAUAAAGCAAGCUUGAUUUUAACCAAGAAAGCUUUCUUUAAAAUCUGCUGCGACUUUCAGUAAUUCUCAUUAUUGGGAAUAUCUGUAGUUCUGUGAAAACAUUUCUUCAGAGUACUAAUAUUUUGAUGCAUGCAGUUCACCUUAUUUUAAUUACAAAAUUUUUCUAAGUUUACAAACAGAAUAUUAAAAAUAACGAAACAGUUUUAUUCAUAUAAACACAGAGCCCUAACAUUUGCCACUUUCACCUAUUUUUAAAGAAUACAAACAAAUCAACCCACAGUCAUUAUACAACAUGCACAACGGGCUGGAGGGAGACUUAAAAUUUUUAGCAUAUAGAAGGGAUAAAUGCUUGCAACAAUUAAACUGACGUGCUGCUCUUGAAAGCAGAGGCUUGAGAGGAAAUGAUUCAAAUGUAUAUGCUAGUAGACUGGCACGCUGUAAAAUUAUGUUAUCAUGCGUAUUGGCUAUAAGAUGUAGAAGUCUUUCUGUAAGCCGAUCAUUUGUAAUCAUCCUAGCAGUGUAAUACUAGGUUUUUAAGGCUGCUGUGGUUUUAAAAAGGGCAUUUUUUGGGUUUUGGUGAAAUACUUCAUUUUAUUAAUUUUAUUCAUGACAACACCUAAAGCAUUCAUUGAUAGUAGCUCUAAUAACAUAUGUAUGGAAAAAUAAACACUGGAUGAUCUAGUUGAUUAUUUAAGCAUAAAAUAAACUGUGUUUAAACUCCA